GCAGCUGGUCACAUGGUGAGGGUGGGGGUGAGGGGGCCUCUCUAGCUCGCGGCCUGUGUCUAUGGUCGGGCCCGUAGCGUCCAGCUGCCCGGGACCGAUCCCCGGUGUAUGGCGCCGCAGGCACCGGCUCCCGGGCCCAGAUAAAGGGCCACCUCCGCAGCUCUCGGCCGGGCGUGAGGAGAUCUCCUGCUCCGAGCAUGAUGGCUACCUCUCGAUAUGAACCAGUGGCUGAAAUCGGUGUCGGUGCCUAUGGGACGGUGUACAAGGCCCGAGAUCCCCACAGCGGCCACUUUGUGGCCCUCAAGAGUGUGAGAGUUCCUAACGGAGGAGGAGCUGGAGGGGGCCUUCCCAUCAGCACAGUUCGUGAGGUGGCCUUACUGAGGAGGUUGGAGGCCUUUGAACAUCCCAAUGUUGUACGGCUGAUGGAUGUCUGUGCUACUUCCCGAACUGACCGAGACAUCAAGGUGACCCUGGUGUUUGAGCACAUAGACCAGGACCUAAGGACAUACUUGGAGAAAGCACCCCCACCGGGCUUGCCCGUUGAGACCAUCAAGGAUCUGAUGCGGCAGUUUCUAAGCGGCCUCGAUUUUCUUCACGCAAACUGCAUUGUUCACCGAGACCUGAAACCGGAGAACAUUCUGGUGACCAGUAACGGGACAGUCAAGCUGGCUGACUUUGGCCUCGCCAGAAUCUACAGCUACCAGAUGGCCCUCACGCCUGUGGUUGUCACACUCUGGUACAGAGCUCCUGAGGUUCUUCUGCAGUCUACCUAUGCAACACCUGUGGACAUGUGGAGCGUGGGCUGCAUUUUUGCAGAGAUGUUUCGUCGAAAGCCCCUCUUCUGUGGAAACUCUGAAGCCGACCAGUUGGGCAAAAUCUUUGAUCUCAUUGGCUUGCCUCCGGAAGAUGACUGGCCUCGAGAGGUGUCUCUGCCCCGAGGAGCCUUUUCCGCCAGAGAGCCUCGGCCAGUGCAGUCAGUGGUGCCGGAGAUGGAGGAAUCUGGAGCGGAGCUGCUGCUGGAGAUGCUGACUUUUAACCCACAUAAGCGGAUCUCUGCCUUCCGAGCCCUGCAGCACUCUUACCUACACAAGGAAGAGAGUGACCCAGAGUGAGAAGAGCGGCCGCCUUUCUCGCCUCUGGACACUUCGAGUGGCCAACGCCUCAACCUCUGCCUUCCUCUGGGGCCGUGGAGAGUCCUCCACUUUUUUACAGAGAAUAUUUUAAGCCUUAAUGACAUUCCCCUGCCCUCUUCGUGAGGCCUGCCCUCUUACCCUCCCGUUUCUCUACACUAAAGGGUGGGUACCUGUCUCCUUCCCUCCCUCAUUUAUAUUGGGAUCUUUUUUAUACAGCAAAACAAGACAAAGAAACAUGGCCUUCUUUUUUCUUUAAUGUUUUCCUGGUUGGCUUUGCCUUUGGGAGACUGAAAGCCUGCUUGGAAGGUUCCCUGCAACCUCUGUAGACCCUCACACAGGACCUAGACAGGCAUGCCUGUUCAGCUCUUUGGCUGACAGGAUGGGAAAGGCCCUUUCAAUUCCUUUCUGAGUACUCAGUUAAAAUGGCUUUAGAUUUUAGGUUGCUGCUUUCUUCCAGGUCCUGCCUUGACAAGACUUCUGGGUGAGGCUGGGACUGUAGUUCAGUUUGUCCUUGGAGCCAGGCUAAGGUGUCAGUCAAAAGGAGGGAAAAGAGUUAUGAAAGCCUUCCAGCCCCUGUCCAUGCGUCUAGGAGUAUAUUCUAUUCUCCCAGGGAGAGGUAUAAGGCUCUUCUUUCUAUAUCUUGUUCAUUCAAAAUAUGUAAAGAAAAAAAUCUAACCACUUACUUGAUCAGUUUUGGGAAAUGAGGCAUGGGGCCCUUUUUCUUUAAAACAAAAACCUGUUGGGGGGGGGGGGGCUCACCCUAGGUUUUCAAGAAUUUUGGGAAUUAUAAAAAGCUGGGAGAGCAAAACCAAGUCAGAAGGAUCCAGAGACUUGAGUGUGAUGACACACACCUGUAAUCACACCACUUGGACGCUGUGGCAGGGGGAUCCGGAACUCAAGGUCAUCCUUGGCUACAUAGCACGUUGGAAACCAGCCUAGGAUUCAAAGAUCCUAUCUGGAAGAUCAAAAGUCUCAUAGAAAGGCACUGGGGUUUGCUCGGGGGUCUUUUUGAUUCCGGAAUCUCAUUGCUAGCCAAACACCAAGGAUCUACAGGAAAGAGAGAGACAGAGAGCAAGUUAUUUUUGAGUCUUCGGGUUUAAGGCUUAUGGGUGUCCACAUGCAAGAAAUGGGAAUGAUUACCUCCGUGAAGCUAAAGAAAAGGCCAACACCACCUAGGAUUUUCAGGGCUUUGUCCGAAUGUUUAAGGAACUUCUCGCCACACAACUGGCACACAGAAUUCCUGGUCUUGCACAUCUGAGGAUGAAUGGAGUACACAAUGCAAAGCUGCUAGUCUGCCCCAUCCAAGUAGCUACAGUGGAUGUCCCCAGAAAUUACUAACUGAACAGUUCUGAGGCUAGAGUCCCCAGUUUAAACCCUUGCGGCCUGUUUGCUUAGCACAGCCCAGUUCAAGACCGACAGCUCACUAAGGCCACGUCUUUGGGCAUGGCCCUUAACGCAUUUCCUCCUAGCUGUGUUCUCCACCUUUCAACUUACUGCAUCGCAGGAAGUAUUGUCCUGUAGGUAUGGCGCUGUAAGGUUGAACAAGCCACAGCAGUCAAAACUUCUCUCCAAUUCAUGCUGGGUACUGUUGCUCAUGACCCACCAGGACGCAUUGAUGACAUCUAUCUAGAGCAUACAGGCAGAGGAACAUCAGUCUCCCUACAUCUUGCUCUCAGUUCACAUGCUUCAAUGCCCCUAUUCUAGCAAGGGCAAUCAGCAUCCCACAGAAACAGGAUGGCAUGUCAUGAUCACAGACAAUGUUAGUGUCUCAGAUUCUGACGACAUCUUGGGGAAUUAACUAUACAUGUCAGAGGAAACACCUCUGAAGUAGUGGACCUAAGGAUGAAGGUACGAAAGGGUCAGAUUAAUAGAGCUUUAAAGGUACCUGGAAAGGGCAUUAUUGCCUUACCUGUUUGUUUCGGUUAAUAGCCAGACAGGAGCAAGAGAUUCCAAACUGGAAGAUGAAGACCAAACCAAGGAUGAUCAUGUACUGAGAAGUUAUGGCAAAAAGACCUGGUUUCCAUUUAAGAUAUCUCAUCCAGGGAGACAGACAGGCAGGUCUCCGUGUGAGGGCCAGCCUGCUGUGAGUUCCAAGCUAGCCAGGAUUAUGUAGCAUGAUCCCAUUUUUUUUGUUGUUCUUAAGAUCUCACCCAGUGUAAUUUGUAACUGUAUUGUGGCAGAGUUCAAGGCCCUUCUCUGUUCAUAAAACUAGUUUUACCAAGUUGAAAACAAAAACAUCAACUUCUGUGAGUUACAGAAGAACAAAGGCAUGUCUGAGGUCCCCUGCCCUUUUGGGAAAAGCCUGCCCAGGGACCCCAACCCCUCCAGGUCAGGAUACAAAGAAGAGCAGCACUUGGUGGUGGUUAACGGCCCCCACGAGCCCAGCCACCGCGAUGAGGAGGAGGAAGACCCCCACGGCGAUGACUCCUCCGAUGAUGUGAAUGCUGGACACCAGACCCAGGCCCUUGCCCCAGGCGGCCACGCCAAUGAGCAGUAAGCCCACAAGCUGCAAGAAAACACAAAGUAGGAUACCCUUCACCCAAUGUGGUUAACAUCUGUAAUCUCUGCAACGGCAGCACAGCGAAGCUCCGGGCUAGCCUGGGCUAGCUACAUAGACCUUGUCAAAGAACUCUAGCACGCAGCACAGCCAAAGGCUAUUACCCGGGGACGUGGAUUAAAUAGGGUAACCCACGGAGGUGUGCUUUCAGAACGAGUCAUCCCUGAGCGCUCUUCCCAAGUAACUGGGAAUAGCUGGACUAGUGGGCCCAUGGCAGUAGCGUGUCAAGGUACAAACUCCUGGGGUUGUCCAGCAUCUCUACUGUGGAAAGAAACCAGAGCCUAAGUGAAGACUGGCUACAGGCCUGCGGUCCUCGACCCACCCCUCCCCACCACCAAACGAUCCCCCCAUAUCACCGGAAGUCUCUCCUCUUCCACGGAAGAAGGUUCUGGGAAGCUUCCCGGAACCCCCAGUAAACCCCUCUCCCACCGGAAGUCCCCUAGAAAUUCUCCCCAUUCUUUCCGCCCCGGAGCUUUCCCCACCUCCAAAACCUCACCAUAUAAACCACGUUGAGAGCGCACAGCGCAUUCUUGGAACAGGCAAAUCCGCCGCAAACCAUCUCCCCAGUUCUGGGGACCCAAAUGGUCCCAAGGACUUGAGGGGAGGGUAUUGGGGACCGUCUUGUAGGACUCCCAACAGCUUCUAUCGCUUUAAAUCCAAGCCAGUCAAACCAAGUCUCUGCGCCUGCACCGACCCACCCCUGUCUCCGGAUUGGCGAAACUCGUGGCUAAUCCAGGACAUCUAGUAUUUUAGUGCCAAUCAAUCUGCAUUACGUCACCAGCCCGCCUCCCAGCCCUUCCCUCAGUUUCUUCAUUGGACAAAACUUAAAAAAACUGAAGACUGGGUUUCUAGACAGUUUUUUAGGGAUCAGAGCCUAAACUUCAGAAGCCUGGAUUCCUGUGCUCCGAGUUGCGACAUCAGGAAUCCGAGGAGAGACUCAGGGGACUCAGGUGAACAGACAAGAAAGGGCUUGUGGAGAUGGGAGGAAGGGGCUCCGCCCCUCCAAGGAUAACCCUUCCCCGCCGUUUUCCCCGAGUUUCACGAUGAUCUCACGAUGAUGCCAUGCUUUUUGUUAUUCGCGCGUCAUACUCUGGAAAACCAAGAGGAGCCAAAUACUGAACUGUGUAGCCCCGCUAGGGAGGAUCCAAGUCAGGCAUGCCAACAGCCGGCAGAUCCUCACGCCUGUUAAAUGUGUCUACUAGUACGCAUGUUCUGUUCUGCAUUCCUUCCUCUGCAGUGUGAACAUGCCAGAAAGUCGAGUGCAAACAGUGACUGGAGGCCAGUGCAUUCCUGUCUGAGACAAAGCCGCAGGCACAGACACGGGUGUACUCCACAUCUUUAGAACACACACGUACCUGAUCCUGGGCUGGCACAAAAGGACACGAGGUGUGGGGGCGGCACUGGAAUAUGAAUAAAUAAGAGUAUCCAUA